AUAUCCCCAUUCCUCAUUGUAUAUCCACAGGCUAAGGGGAAGGUGUGGUCAUACCCCAACCAGGAAGAAAUGGCACCCGUCAAGGGCAAGGGGACCUCAGCCCCCACAGGCGACGGCCCAGCCCCUCCGGCACCCUUUCACCACCGGAUCGUAGUAGCCAAGCAGACAGCUGUCAACAGCCUUUACACUGUGAGCAGAACAGAAAUUUUAGGCGGGGGGCGCUUCGGCCAGGUUCACAAGUGUGAGGAGAAAGCGACAGGUCUGAAGCUGGCGGCCAAGGUCAUCAAGACCAGAGACGCGAAGGACAAGGACUCCGUGAGAAACGAGAUCGCCGUCAUGAACCAGCUGGAUCACGUGAACCUCAUUCAGCUCUACGACGCCUUUGAGUCUAAGAAUGACAUCGUCCUGGUCAUGGAGUACGUGGAGGGAGGCGAGCUGUUUGACCGGAUCAUUGACGACAACUACAAUCUGACUGAGCUGGACACCAUCCUGUUCAUCGAGCAGAUAUGUGAGGGAAUACGGCACAUGCACCAGAUGUACAUUCUCCAUCUGGACCUGAAGCCUGAGAAUAUCCUGUGUGUGAAUCGGGAUGCUAAACAAAUAAAGAUUAUUGAUUUUGGAUUGGCCAGAAGAUACAAACCCAGGGAGAAGUUGAAGGUGAACUUUGGAACCCCAGAAUUUCUCGCCCCCGAAGUUGUGAACUAUGACUUCGUUUCCUUUCCCACGGACAUGUGGAGUGUGGGGGUCAUCGCCUACAUGCUACUUAGUGGUCUGUCCCCCUUCCUGGGCGAUAAUGACGCCGAGACCCUGAGCAACAUCCUGGCCUGCAGGUGGGACUUAGAGGAGGAGGAAUUUCAGAACGUCUCGGAGGAGGCCAAGGAGUUCAUCUCCAAGCUUCUCAUUAAGGAGAAGAGCUGGCGAAUAAGUGCAAGUGAAGCUCUCAAGCACCCUUGGCUGUCAGACCACAAGCUCCGCUCCAGACUCAGAGCACAGAAAAAGAAGAACUACUGCUCGGAUGCUCAGGACCUUGUGGCCCAAUAGUCUCCAGAAGGGAGCCCUUGCAAGGUUGGUCUCAGGUCCUCUCCUGAGGAG